AUGAGGGAGAUCGUGCACAUCCAGGCUGGGCAAUGCGGGAACCAGAUCGGUGCCAAGUUCUGGGAGGUGGCCUGCGACGAGCACGGCAUCGAUCCGACGGGGACGUAUCACGGCGACUCGGAUUUGCAGCUCGAGCGGAUUAAUGUGUAUUUCACCGAGGCGACGGGCGGGAGGUAUGUUCCCAGGGCGAUUCUCAUGGAUCUGGAGCCAGGGACGAUGGAUAGCGUGAGAUCGGGGCCCUAUGGUCAGAUAUUUCGGCCGGAUAAUUUCGUGUUUGGCCAGACCGGGGCCGGGAACAAUUGGGCAAAGGGACACUACACGGAAGGCGCGGAAUUGAUCGAUUCUGUGCUGGAUGUGGUGAGAAAGGAGGCGGAGGCUUGCGAUUGUAUGCAAGGCUUUCAAAUCUCUCACUCGCUGGGAGGUGGCACGGGUUCUGGGAUGGGAACUCUUCUCAUAUCAAAGAUUCGAGAGGAGUACCCUGACAAAAUGAUGCUCACGUUCUCGGUGUUUCCGUCGCCGAAGGUGUCGGAUACGGUGGUGGAGCCUUACAACGCAACGCUCUCCGUCCAUCAGCUAGUGGAGAAUGCCGACGAGUGCAUGGUGUUGGACAACGAGGCUCUCUACGACAUUUGUUUCAGAACGCUCAAGCUCGUAACACCGACAUUUGGCGAUUUGAAUCACCUCAUCUCGGCAACAAUCAGCGGCAUAACUUGCUGCCUCAGAUUCCCUGGCCAACUAAACUCCGAUCUACGCAAACUGGCCGUCAAUCUCGUCCCAUUCCCGCGGCUCACGUUCUUCAUGGUCGGGUUCGCUCCACUCACAUCAAGAGGCUCGCAACUCUACCGGGCACUCACGGUCCCGGAGCUGACGCAGCAGAUGUUCGACGCCAAAAACAUGAUGUGCGCGGCCGAUCCCCGCCAUGGCAAGUACCUCACAGCCUCAGCAAUGUACAGAGGCCGGAUGAGCACCAAGGAGGUGGACGCGCAGCUCCUCAACGUCCAGACGAAGAACUCCUCCUACUUCGUGGAGUGGAUCCCAAACAACGUCAAGACGACCGUGUGUGACAUCCCGCCCAAGGGGAUGAAGAUGGCGUCGACGUUCAUCGGAAACUCGACUGCGAUCCAGGAGAUGUUCAAGCGUGUUGGGGACCAGUUCACGGUGAUGUUCCGGAGGAAAGCGUUCCUCCACUGGUACACCGGCGAGGGGAUGGACGAGCUGGAAUUCACCGAGGCCGAGAGCAACAUGAACGAUCUGGUGUCCGAGUACCAGCAGUAUCAAGACGCGAGACCCGACGAUGAGGGCGACUAUGGGGAGGAAGAGGAGCAAGAGGGCGAGUACUCGCAAAUGUCGUAGAACAGAGAUUACUUUGUGUGUUUCGAUUGGGGUCGCGCAAGCGACCAUCUUCGAGUAAACCCAAUGAAAU